CCUGCCCGCCCGCCGACUUUGUAGCGUAGUAGUAGAAGUACGCGCUCUCUCCUGAGUUGUCGCGGUAAACGCGCGCUUUCGGAAGUGCCGCUUGCACGUUGUCGCGUCCGCCGCUCGCCGUUAUCGUCGUUGACAGUUGUCGAGGGCACAUCGUCACGUGUCGGGACGUUGUUGGGCAUCGAGUCGACGGAACCAGCGAUGCGUCGUCGUCGGCCCUCGUCCGCGGCAGCGUCAACGGCCUGGCCCCUCUCUCUGCGCUCUCGUCGACAUCGUCGUCGCUUCACGGACUGAAGUGUCAGUGACGUUUUCUAUGUGACCACUGUGUCGGCGCUUUUCGGCUGCCACAUACAAACCCUGUACGCGAAAGCGUUGACGGCACCUCUGCCUCCCUACGCCGUUGUUUCCCUAUAGUUCCCGUCACCGGCAAUUUCCUAUUGCGUGCGUUGCCCGGCUUUACGCUCCCAUCUUCUUCUUUGUCGCUUUAGCUGAGAUCUGUCGCUUAAGAAAUCGUUAAGAAGUGCUGUUUUCUGUUCAAACAUUUGAGCCAGGUUUAAACUUUCCCUUAAAUUAUUCCGCCUGCAUUCCAAAAGUGCCGUCUUGUCAGUCAAAGCCACCCUUUUAAGUUAGUUUGUUUUGUCUUGCUCAUCGUUAAGCCGGUCGACCUCAGCGGGUGUACGCAAAUUUCUUCCAAGCGAUCCUAACCGUUCAGCUUGGUUGAUUUCCCCGAAACGCCUCGACAAUGAUUGAUGGCGACUAAGGCGCAUGGCCGUAAGCUUUUCAGCGAAAAUAAACAUAAAGUUGCUUGAGCAACCUUCUGUUUGUUUUUGAUCGAGCACAAUAGGUAUUUCCUUUUAUUUUCCCCUAGGAUCGAGUGCGAUUCAUUGUUCUUUGUCUCGUAGUCCAAGAUUUCCUGCACCCGGGUUUUCAGAAAAGACAGGCUUGUUAACUGAUUGGGGGCAAAAAAAGAAAGGAAAACUAGCUGUCCCGUUAUUUUUCGUUUGUCCCGCUCUCUACGGGUGGCGCCUUUCCAAGACUCCAGGUCCUGCUCGUUCCGUUCAGCUGCGUGUAGGAUUUGCAUGGGCUAAAUAAUUUAGCAUGUUAAUGAUUCGUCCAUGGGAGGUGCUAUUGGAAGGAGAUUGAUUGCACAUUAGGCGAUUGAAUACGUGCUGCGGAGAAGUUGCCUAGUGUGGUGAACGAAAAGGGUUCCUACUCUUCGGUUUGCUUACGCACCACACCUAUCUUUUGAUGAAAGCGGGGGUCGAGGUUUUCUCGAAUCUGCUUUGGAAUCCGCGCUUGAGUUGUGCUCGUUGGUCGAACAGCUUCCUGCCACCCUUUGAGGAACUGUUUCCCUCCAAGACUGGUCACGAAACUUACGCAUAAUUUGUCUUUGAAAGAUAUACCCAAUCCCACUGUCACUUCGAGAAAGCGUUUCAUGCCCAGCAUCAGUGAUCAGGAAGCGAGGUUGAGAUACUAAAAGCGUAGUUACCCUCGUCCCAUCUUCGGAGUAAGUUACGAACGCUUUGCUAUCGCCCGCAGCUGUGCGCGACAAGUGACCCUUUUCACGUUCUAUUGUCUGAAUGGACAAAGCUUCAUUGUUCGGGCCGUCACCUGGAGGAGAAAGCCUACUUUCAUACUCUCAACUGGAAGCGGUGUAAAGCUCGUCCGUGCAACGUUUUUGCUCGAUAUCGAGCGCGUCUUUCUAUUGUAUAUUUUUUUUUCUCUAUUAAGCUGUUCUUUGCGUGACUGAAGUUUCAUAUUUCAUGGACGGCUAGGCGCAGUCGGAGAGACAAGGACCAAGGACGCAGUUUACUGCGCUGCAAGAGCACUCAAAUGUGUAGCCAAAAUUGUUAGAAUGCUUUAUUCGCAAGUUCGUCCAGCGCUCACGGCGUGAGAGAACUUAAAGAAGCGCGGAAUUGCUCGCCAUAGCACAGCGCCUCGACGGAGCCAGCCCACAAGGCUGAAUCUCAACCUUUCUCGAGUUCCAAUUUACUUAUCUUUCCUGUCGCCUCUUACACUCUCUCACUUAAUUUAUUUUGGCUCACGAUGCUCUUGCUUCCGAAACCGUGACUUCGGGACGCAAGAUUACUUUCCUCUAUCUAGUUCGCUCAUCUAGAUCCAUCGCAGUUCUUUGUGUUCAGGGCCGUAUACCUGACUAAAGUUUUCGUCUUUUUGGUCAGUGCAUAUAAGAAGCCGAGGCCGUCUCCGUCUUACGUCUUCAUCUACGUCGCAUAAAAGAAAGCGCCCCCUGGUGCAUCUCAUCAUAGUACAGGGCUCGCCUCCUGUAAGAAGUGCGCCCGUGCAUCCAGCAGCGCGUCUUGUCGCCGCGGAGCCGCUCUCUCGCACGCGGAAGCGCUUUCUGACAAGAAGAUCGCCCGACGACUUCGUUCCCUUGACUGACAGCCGCCCGCCGCGCGGCGACGAACACGUCCCGAACGAAAACAACGUGGGACUCGUCUCUCUGACUCAGCCGCGCGCCGUUCGAAGCGGGGCCGCCCCGGACCCCGAGUGAGGGCCGACGGCGAGAGACAGCCCUCCUGAUUUCACUCCCGAGGGAAAGGAGGAGGUGGGGUCCGCUCCGUCGACGUCCUCGGCAGCCGUAGUCGCCCACGAACUGCAGCGGAGCCGCGUUUUGUCCACUGUGGUCGCCUAGUUCUCGUAGUUCGUCGCGCUUCUCUCAUUCGCCAAUGUAGCUUUCCGCGCCCUCAGCCUACGUUCGUCAUUUCAGCCAUUCAACCCUCCCCCCCCCCCCUCCUACCCACCUCACGUCGCUGUCACGUCCUUCGCUCGCGCGUUUUGAAUCACUGCUGUAUCUUCCCGUACCUUCGCGUUUCCACGGCCAAGUUCGUGACGGGACAUUGUCUUUCCAGUGUUUGGUUUCCCCGGCUCGCGAAAAGUGUUCGAGGCCUCGACGAUCAUCCAUAUUUGCUCGAGGACCCGUUGCGUUCCCCUCUCCGCUUCUGGUGAAGAAUAGAGUGCGAGUGCUAUUCUUCUCGUGGCAUAGUUUUGAGUUUGUCAACAGCUCCAGCGUUUCACUGCUCCGCAUCUCCACAAGUGCAUAAGGUGCGCAGUAUCUAGAUUCAAGCGGCUCCGUUAUGUUGCUGCACACUGUUAGUUCACCGCCUAUGAUUAUAACGGAAACACUCCCGCUGCGUGGUGCAGGGACGUUGAGGAGUGACUGCUGACUUCUUGUGGGCCCGCAAGAUGGACGCAUGCGUUUCUCUUCCCUCGUUGUCGCCUGUGCGCGACGCGCACUCACUUCCUAGGUGCGUUUUAUUUUUUAUUUUUUAUACUGUGUUUCUGGCCCGCACUGAUGACCGCGACCAUGUCACCUCUUCGCGUUGCCGCUGAAUGCCUUCUGUAGUGCUGGCAUUGUUUACACCGUAUUUCCCGGGUCCCGCACGCGUGCGCGCCGUCACUAAAACGAAACGUCCCGCGGACGCAGCUGUUUCGUUCUCGCCAGAAAGGGAGCGAGGGUUUCGCAGGGCAAGGGCGCGUCGAAGCCGGGUGCAGAUACGGAGUCUCGCGGAUCCGUCGCCGUCGUGUUGUUCACAUCCGUGAAGGACCUAUCGUCUUGUGUCAUUCGACAAACAGCACAGACGGAGCACGGAGGAGCGCGAGUAAGCCUGUACCUGUGUGUUGGCGAGCGGCUGACUUUCUGUGUUCGAGUAGUGACGUACUGCUUUUGACAGACACUGUGACGAGCACGAGUGUGACAGCGGGCGUUAUUCACCAUGGAAGCUUUCCGGCGAAGGCACCACUCUGUGCGGGACGCCCUGGCAAAGAAGGGCAUGAUGCCCAAGAGAAGGUUCUCGGUCUGCUUCGGCAAGCGGUCCGUAGGCGCGGGCCGCCGCGUCAACGAAUGCCUAAUCCUGGAGCCUUCCGAGAUGGUCGUGAUUGACUACCCAGACUGCGAGCUGCUGCGGCCGGGGCAGCGGCAGUCGUGCACCACCAUGAACUUGGAGCGGCUGCUGGCCCUCGAGCCGGACGAGGUGGCCGUUGAAACAAGGCACCCGCACCACCACCUUCAGCAGCUGCCCUUGGACUGUCAGCAGACUGCACUACACAAAGAAGGCCUGCUCAAGUCUAAUCGAAGUUCACGCAGCAGUGACACGUCAUCAGCGUACUCAGGGUCAGACACAAUGCAGUCGGUGCAGUCGUCCCUAGAGGACAACGAGGUUGACCUCUCUGGCCUUGUGGAAAGCACGGUUGAUUCGGAUGAAGAAGAGGACCUUGCUGAGUCUAUCGAUAGCCUCACAGUAAGGGAUGCAUACCAUGAAUGUCUCGAAAAGGAUCCCAACGACAGGACAGAAGAUGACAUUGAGACCCUGCUUGAGUUUAUGCAGCCCUUGCCGGCAUUUGCCAACAUGACACUGUCAGUGCGUAGAGAGCUGUGUGCAGUCAUGGUGUUCGCUGUGGUAGAAAAGGCUGGCACAGUGGUGAUGAACGACGGUGAGGAGCUGGACUCCUGGUCUGUCAUCGUCAAUGGGCAGGUUGAAGUGGAAAUGCCUGAUGGAACCACUCGCACCCUUUCUAUGGGGGACAGCUUUGGCAUCACACCAACUAUGGAGAAGAUGCACCAUGUAGGCACCAUGCGCACACGAGUGGACGACUGCCAGUUUGUGUGCAUUGCCCAAGGCGACUAUUGUCGCAUUCUUCACCGGAGCGAGGAGAACACACGCAAGCUCGAGGAGGACGGUCAUGUAGUUUUGGUCACUGAGCACCGAACUGUUGACUCGGGCAGCAGAGAAGGGCACAUCGUUAUCAGGGGGACACCGGAUCGAUUGUUGGCGCAUUUGUUUGAAGAGAAUGCACUCGACCCUGGCUACAUAGAAGACUUCUUACUAACAUAUCGCACAUUCAUUCCAAGCUCAAUGGUGGUCUGCAACAAGCUCCUCUCAUGGUUCAAUGACCCCCAGUUGAGAGACAAGGUGACAAGGGUUGUACUUCUUUGGGUUAACAACCACUUCACCGAUUUUGAGACUGAUCCAGAAAUGAUGGAGUUUUUGGAAGAGUUCGAGCAAUGCCUUGAAGCGAACAAGAUGCAUGCCCAGUUGCGUUUGCUGAACAUAGCAUGUGCAACGAAGGCACGCACACGGGUGGUUACCUUGGCAAGAUCAUCGCGGGAUGACGAGCUUCCUUUUAAAAUUCUGGGAGGCUAUGAAACGGGCAAUGCCAUUUUUGUGGCCAAAGUUGAAAAGGCCAAUUCCAAGUCGGAAGAUGGCUCGCUCAAGCGCGGGGAUGAGAUCCUGGAAGUGAAUGGCCAGAGCUUUGCCACUAUGUCAUACACUCAGGCCAUGGACAUUUUGAAGAAGGCAACUCAUCUCUGCAUCACUGUCCGAUCGAACCUCCUAGAAUUUAAAGAGAUGCUGAACAACCCAGAAAAGGCCAUGCGUCCACGUGGCCGCAAGAGCUCUGAGAUUUUGCGACUGCAGCCUGAUCCACGUCUCCGGCUCUCGUCACACCUUGAGUGGAGUGAUGUAGUUGGGCUUCCACUUGGCGUUGGUGGCCUGCCGCUUGGUGUCGGCUGGGGCAGCCAGCACUCGUCAUCCGUAGUUGGCUCUCCUGCACCUACAACAGCUGCUUCGGUGUCAUCAUCGGGGUCAUGCACAGGAAAUGGGGAUGUAGCCUGCAAGGAAGAUAAGAAGGGAUUCAUGACACUGGGCCACCGGGCUAAGCUCAAGAAAGCAUUGGCCAAGAUGAACUUCAUCCCCAAGACACUUAAUGCGGAAUCGCAGCUGAACAGCUCGGAUGACAGCCUCUACUCCACGCACAGUGGAUCAAGUGUAGGCUCGGGUUGUGGCAACCAUCGGGUUGGCAGGAGCGGCUCGUCUCCAGCGCAUGCCAUCACACCAGGAAAUUGCGGCAGUGGAGGGGGUCAAUUGUACCACAGUCACAGCAACCCUGAUUUGAGCUCGCUCAUUGUGACCCCCCACUGUGAGGGGGCAGACGCCCCUGGCCGCGACUUUCCUGAGCACGUGUUGAAGGUGUACAAAGCAGACCAGACCUGCAAGUACCUGCUCAUUCAUAGGGAAACAACAGCGCGUGAAGUAGUGAUGCUUGCACUUCGAGAAUUCGGUAUCACAGACUCGAGCAGCCUGUACUCAUUGUGUGAGGUGUCUGUCGGAGAAGGUGGCCUGAUCAAGCAACGCCGCUUACCAGAGCAGAUGCAAAACCUGGCCGAAAAGAUUGGUCUCAGCAGUCGCUACUACCUGCGCAACAAUGCCUCCACAGAUCCCCUUGUACCUGACGACAUGGCCAUAGAGCUCCUUCGCGAGAGCCUCGUGACCUUUCUGCAGCUGAACAGUGUGGAGGUGGCAACACAGCUUACGCUGGAGGACUUCAGCAUCUUCCGCCAAAUUGAGCCCACCGAGUACAUUGAUGACCUCUUUGAAGUCAAGUCUGCCUAUGGGUCACCCAUGCUGGCCAUGUUUGCAGAGCUUGUUAACCGCGAGAUGUUCUGGGUUGUCUCUGAAAUCUGUGGAGAGUCUCAUCCCGUCCGGAGAAUGAAGAUAGUGAAGCAGUUUAUUAAGGUGGCAAGGCAAUGCAAGGAGUGCAAAAAUUUCAACUCCAUGUUUGCAAUUUUGAGUGGCUUGGGCCAUGGAGCAGUGUCGCGGUUGCGAUCCACGUGGGAUAAACUGCCAACCAAGUACCAGAAGAUGUUUGAGGAUCUACAAGAAUUAAUGGAUCCUUCAAGAAACAUGUGUAAAUACCGCAACCUCAUCAACAAUGAACAAACCAGACCGCCAAUUAUACCUUUUUAUCCAAUCGUCAAAAAGGACCUCUCUUUUAUUCAUUUCGGAAAUGACACCAUUGUGGACAAUCUGGUCAAUUUUGAAAAGCUCAGGAUGAUUGCCAAGGAAGUGAGACAGUUGAUGAAGAUGUGCUCAGUUCCUUAUGAUUUGUACAGCAUGCUGGAAGCUGGUGGGAGCCCGCUCAACCCAGCACUGGCAUCACUCAACAGCUUCGCAGCAGCUGCGGUUGCAGGCGGUGCAGGUGCGGCAUUAGCACGCCGGCGAAAGCGCAGCACAGCUCAGCCCAGCCCCAAGAAAAUGUUCGAAGAAGCCCAGAUGGUGCGUCGUGUGAAGGCCUACCUGAGCCACCUAAAGGUUGUUGCAGACGAGGGGCGGCUGCUUGCCAUGUCCUUCGAAUGUGAGCCACAUCCAGUUCCCUCGGCGAUUCCAGUUGUCUUGCCAAGCAAUGCGCACCCACAACGCAAGCGGCACCCAUCCCCACGGAAGAGGCAUCCAUCUCCAACCCUCUCGACAGCCAGUAGCAAUAGCAGCACUUCAGAGGGCAAGAAGUCCAUAAACUCGGCAGGCGGUGUCAAGUUUGGCACGGACUCUCCGCAGGCCAUGCGUAAGCUUCUGGCUCUGUCAGAUCAGAGCAAGGUACGUCCUCACCAGCCACCACGUCCACCCGCAUCACCAUCACCUGGGGUCAAACGCCGAGGAUCAGCAACUGUGCGCGACGCACCCACAGCAGUAGUAGGGGCUAGUGCCAGCUGCCAUGGUCGAUCGCACUCUGAUGCAGGCUAUGCCAGUGUCCAACCAGUUGACCUAUCACCUGAAAGUUCUAGCGUCACCAGCCUCAACAAUUUGCCCCUUCGAAAGUCUCAUGCCUCAGCAUGCUCUGUUACCUCGGCGGAUAGCGGGGUUGGGAGCUACCAUGACAGUGAUUCUGGUCGUUGUUCAGCUGGUUACAGCAGCCCACAGCAGCGACGAAUUUCAGGCACCGGUCCUCCGUCGCCUCCUACUGUGAUGCGAAACCGCAAGAGCAUGCCACCAUUCACCCAUGGUGUGCCUGUCCUGCCACCACUUGUUCCAGGUCAGCAUCAAGGUCCCUUGUCCCCAUCAUGCCUGCUGAUGCCUCCCCCUCCCCCACGAGAUCCGCCCCCCGCACCCAAGGGUGCGGGGCCACCGCGGCGACCCCCCGACUACAACGUCGCUGCCCAGAUGGCAGCCCGAAGCCGACAAGCCCAGCGGCUACAUCGGGCCCGUAGUCAAGAGGUCAUGGCGGCCACUGCUGCAGCAGUGGCAGCAGCAACCGGUUAUGCCUGUGAAGUGACUACUGAUCCAGCUACUGACCAUGAGGCUGAUGAGGAGGAUGAAGAUGAAACACAGGUCUCUGCCGUGUGAUCUCUUAUGAUGGACAAAGAACCAAGCUGCACCCAUUGCAGAAGUUCUGUGGGCAAAACUGGCUGCCGUUGAUGGAAACACAACCUGAGGGGGCCACUAGUCGACGACGGACGUCAGAAAGCUGUGCCGUCUGCACUGCCUCCAAGUGGCACGGCAGUCGUGCGUGUGUGCAUUGGUGUGCAAGACAGUUUGUGCAAAAGUGACUGCGCUUUUUUAAUUUUAUUUUCAAACCUCUUGCUUCUCGCAUCCUUUAUUUGAAAAAAAAAAAAGUGUGGACAUAUCGCCAUUAGACUGUGCUUGUGUUUCUCUGUUCAGCACUUUACAGCACCUUGUUUCGAGCUUGCACUUUGAGCAGGGCAAAGCAGUGUAUUCUUGCUUUCUGUGAGCAUGCACAAGAAAAGCUAAACUUGGAGGAAGAAGAAAGAAAACCAAAGAUCUAGUGAUGUGUACAAAUGAUUUUUAUAUAUUAGUGUAACAUUUAAUGCACCACGUCUGAGGCCACCCUCCCUGCACAUUGCUUGUACCAUAUUGUCUCGUGACAGCCUUUCAAAAAGAAGGGCUCAAACUCAUUCGUUUCGUCUUUGGGUGUGACAACAGAAGACACCUUGUGUUGUACCUUUUUGCUUUUGCCUCGAGAUUUUAUUAUCUUGACAUGGCAAGCAGUGUAAUGUAAAAGUUUUGUAUAUAGGGCAACUUGUUUCUUUUGCCAUUCAUGUAUCAGCAUAGCACUGGUCCCAUUUUAAUGUUACUUCCUUGCUAUGUCUUGUGCCCGUUUCCUGUUAUUUUUGUUUAUCUAGCUCGGCUGCACUGGGCUUUGAACAUCUGUAACUUGUUCCCUCUCUUUUCAUCUCUUCUGGCUUUUGAUUAUCAUGACCUCGUUUCAUACGUAAAAAGGUACACAACCAGCAUCUAUGAGAGCUUGACAAUGUGCUGGCAAUGCGUGGAUGGCAGUUCUGAACUAUUAAUGUUGCCACCACUUUAUCCAGCAAAAACAUUGUAUGUGUCUUUUGCCUUGUGCAUUUCCUUAAGAUGCCUGCAGCAAGCGCUACUGCAUGCUUGUUUUCAAGCUAUCACAUCUGUAACAGGCCUUUUACUGUGGAGCUCUCAAGUAUAGUCAUCUCACUUUGUUUGUAUGGUUUAUAAAACAGCAUUGGCGGCAAUAUAAAUAUAGUAAAGAUAAAAGUUCAGCCAAUACAUACGCUGAAGGUAUAUUAAGUCCAUGCUUUGAAAGGUAGAAAGUUGUAAAAGUUAACGAACAAAGAGGCUUUUAGGCUUGGCUUAUUUGCAGGCAUGCAACAUCGCGCUUCUAAAAUGUGUCGUCAGUCGCUGCUGUCCUGUGAAGAGCAGUCACUUCUGUUCCCUACCUUGUCAAGAAUGUGUUGCUGUAGCAUCAGUAUUAUUAUGCUUUAUCUGUAUCAACUCCUCAGGUAUCAGUUUGCAUCCAUCACAAAAACACCUGACUCAUUUCUGCUGCUAUAAACCCGCAUUUAAACCAUUAUUGCUGUCAUGGGGAGAAUGUUUGUCUGUUGAGCUGCAGCAGUCACACAGGAUUCAUUUUUCUACUUAAUGUGCAGAAGUGUAGUUUUCUAGGCAACAUCUUUCCUUGCCAAAAUUUUCACAAAAUUUGCGCAUUCACCCGUGGUUUCCUGAAACCUUGUGCACACUGCUGCCUCGUCACUUUUGUAACAACAUUGUUCUCUUUCUUCCCCAAGAUAUUUUUGUACUGCCAAGACAAGAACUUCUAUGGUCAUGUAAAGAAGGCAGAGACAAAAGAGAUCUGUUGUAUAGUGGUCAUAUCAGAGCUGUACAUAGUUAAGACAAAUCCAUAAUAAAUAUGGAAAUGCUUUCA